AUGGUUAAAAAUGUCUUACUCAACGUUUUACCUCAAACGCAGGCAUAUGUUUCGUCAGAUGCGGGCACGAUGAAUCAGUUGCGAGCAGUCGAUGACGGGGCAAUAAAAAUCCCUUAUCGCAUCUUUGUUGGCGGUAUAGCUUUCAAUGUGAGUAAAGCGCUUUUCUUAAUUAUACAGUGGUCAUAGAGAAUGUACUUGUAAUCGGCAAACGUUUCUCCAUCCCACACAUGAAAAACUGACAACGAAUUGACGAAACGAUUAUGCACGCUUAAACUUUUUUUUUGUGUUUUGAUUUGUUCUUAAGACCACUAAAGAAGAACUGAAAGACUUUUUCAGUAAUUAUGGAGCAGUGAGGGACACGAAAAUCAUAAAAGACAGCGAGGGAUUGAGUAAAGGGUGAGAUUUACAAUGGAGGUUAAGUUAAUGUUGUACUGUUUCUGGAUGGUUGUACAGAUCUUCAUGGAAAACUUUAAAGUGUGUUGCUUACAGCUGAGUUCUGUUGUGUUGCAUGGGAUUACGCAUGCAAUAAGAAAAACGUAGUUUUAACUGAAGGAACAAGUUGAUUUAUCAUUUUCUCUUUUCAAAUUUCCAUCGGGUUCAGUUUGUUUGAAGCGGAAAAAGAAAGGGAUGUAUUUUGCGCUGGGGCUAUGGCUCGUAGAGUUUGUUUAAGUCUCACUGAAGAAUUGAGUGGAUUAAAUUGUAGUACGUUCUAGUGCAGACAUCGCGAAAAGUUUUGAUUUAGUGUCUGAAGGUGAACAAAACAACAACUAUAACACGUGUGAAAAAAAGCCAUCUUAAAUUGUUUACACCUUUGCCUUAAAUGGCAAUCGGCUCAGUGGAGUCCGGGGAAACUUACAGAAUGUUUGAAUGUGUCAUGAUUUUAUAAUCGCAGGUACGGUUUUGUUACUUUUUAUCGAGAAGAAGAUGCCCAGAAAGUCAUGAACAUGGUGAGGACAUACCCGGCCCUGUUUACUUAAAAAAUCUACCACAAUUUUCCAUCGUCUAUAUGAUGAACAGAUUCCAUGUUAACUUGCGCUUGUUGAAAUACAAGACUGUAGAUCACAGAUGACUGAAGUCAAAUGUGGUAAAGAACAAAAAUUAAAAGUUACACUAGAGGCGCAGCCGUGUGUGUCACUGCUGUAAACGUUGUAAAUUGAAUCCUUACCCCUUACAUCUUUGUUCCGAGAUAAUGCUUAUCUCUAUUGUGAAGGCUGUCUUAAGGUUAAAAAGCACUGCGAUGACCAAGCCGAUGGGCAUGUCUGAUUUUGAGGACGGCUUGUCCAAGCAUUGAGAAUUUCAGUCUUUCAUUUGUUUGUGACACUAAAACUCAUCUGAUUGGUGAAAUACAAAGUCACAAACUUGGUUCUUUUUUUCCCUUUUUUGUUUUAUUGUUGGCGGCCUUUUAGUUAUUUAUUGAUUUUUUUGUUUACUAACUAAUUUGGAACUUAUCUGUAAAUAUCCCUUUAUUACUGAACAGCUUUGUAUUUUCUAAAUAUCCUACAGGGAACAAUCUUCUUCAAAGAGAAACGACUCAAUAUCUCUGAGGCAUUUCGGAAACCGCACCUCGUAAGUAAGACACGUUUAUUUUGCUGGGACGAAAGCGGCAAUUUUGACAGGCAAUGCUAAUUAAAAAUCUUUGAGAACACUCGGUUUCCGCGCGGUGUCACUCAUAGUUCCGAAGAAUAGAGGCAGCUGCUUCGCCGAUUGUCUGUUGAUCCCUCUGAAAUCACGAGAGAGCAAGUAUAGUGGUGUAACUCCUAAUUAUAAGUGAGUGUCAGCAUCGAAGCGACCACAACAAAAGUGAUCAGAUUGCUGCUGUCGUUUCCGUGGUGUUUAAAUUACAGGAAGACGUAGAGAAGAAGACGUAGAGAAGAAGACGUAGGUCUUCGUAUUUAUUAGAGAAACAUAACGAUUUCUUUUUAUUAUUUUCAAGGUCAAUCAACAAACAGCGAUGGAUUUGGUAACUGUGCCUGUGGCUGGUAUCAAUUAUUUUCCUAUAAUAUUUAUCUUUUCAUGCAGGGAGGUUCGCUGCUUUCUUGUUGAGCUUUAAGCACUCUGUUAAGUAUUGACUGGUACCUUGAAAGACCCCUUUUUUCUUGUUCUCUUGCAGCCCCUACCACUUGGACCUCUCCCUCAUCAACUGCACCUGUGUAUUACACAGCCAUGAACCAGCAGGUUUGUUUUGUUGAAGGAGUUAUGUAAACUCGUAUGUAGGAGCCACGUUCAGAAGAAAAUUACCAAGUUUCGUCACCUACACACUUUUUUUUCUUUUUUUUAACUCUAAUAACUUCUACAGAUACAAUAUGCCUCCUGGUCUGAUAACUUGUAGAGCUGAUCAAUGUCAAUCUCGUAUGCCCCUCCGCCGUGUCCGACCCCGCUGUCCACACUAACCAAACUUUAAAUGUUUUUGCAAACAGAUUUCAUAUUUCCAUACACAGGCACCUCAGAUGCCACAACUACAGCUUUCAUCUUCAAGGACUUGGCCUGUGGUACAGGGAAUCCCCAUGCCUCAACAACCGGCCGCUGAAAUAGUUUGGGUACCACAAUAUUACUAUUAUUAG